GCGAGUUACUCACGGAUGCACGGUCCAUACUAACUCCUCCCUGUGGGCUUGUUAUUUCUCGGUCACAACUUGCAUACAACAUUGCACUCUCCAAGCAACACGAAAAGUGAUAGUUUGCAGCUCAUAGGGAUGUUAGAAGUUCUCUGAAGAUACUCUCAUGGGCUGUGUCAACGCCACAGAUAAACAUGGCGCAGCGAAACCAACUUGCGCCCUUCAGCGCGACUGAGUAUCAAGACAGGGCACCUGAUGGCUACCCUGUGAGCUGCCCAACUCUAGAUCUCUCAGCAACUUGGGACCCAGUGGACGAGAACAUACUUGUGUACAGACCUCCUGGUCAGGUUGUUUCCAAGAUCCACCAAGCUGGUGCGCCGGGCCAAAAAGCACCAGACGCGCAGGCAGUUACUUGGAGGUCGGAUGGCCAAUUCCUUGCAGUCGGAUGGAGUGACGGCUUUGUGCGAUUGAUGGGGCUCGAGAACAACAAGGCAGCUCACCAUAUCAAAGUUGGCGAAUCUUCAGGGAACAAGAUCACGCACAUUGGAUGGGCGAGUAGCAGUAUUGCCGGGAAGAGCUCCAGUGCCGUAUCCCAAGCUCUGAAGGAUGGCCUCGGUGAAGAUCCAACGCGGAAUGGAGGUGGUCUUCCGUUGGAUCUUCCUCGUGAACUGACUUUCCUCGAGGUUGACACAGUAUUACCCAAGAUCAGCCCUCUUCCCAGCAGUAGUGCCGGCUCAGGAGAAGAUGCUUUGGUUUUCACGUUGAGAACUGGUAUAGACUUCCUCUUCCAGCCCCCGAAGCCAGAGGAGUAUGAUCAAGUCAGCGUUAUGAUUAUUGGGACGAGCGAUGGUCAGCUUCAGCUGAGCAUAUACGAUUCGUUCAUCAUUGGCAGCUUUCAAUGCCCCCAGAUUAAUCCAUCAUCAAGCUCACAGCUUAUUCUUCAUGCAUCGCACCCACAGGUAUCAACCCAGGCUUUACUAGUUGCAGACAAAUCAGAAGAGCCAGAAGAAGUGCACUUGGUGCCUAUCGACCUUCCCUUCAUCUCAUCCCACCCUAUCAACCUUUCUCUCCUCGCCUCCAAGUUAACCACUCUUCAAAAGCUAUUGAGAUAUCUGAAGCAAGCACAACUUCAUAUGCAGGUCGAAUGGCGAAACACGCGCGAGCUUCCCACAAGAUUUCUGCGAAGUAUUGAAGGCGAUCUCGAAAAUCUCGAGACUGGGCCACGAAGUAUUGUGCCUGCUCUUUACCAUUUGGCAGUGACAGGUCACGCCUACGAGCCUGUACGCGAGUGGUUGGUUGAAAGUCUGGCAGAACGAGGCCAUAAACGAUGGGAUAAAGCAGUAGUCUCCGGCUUGGAGGGCCUCAGAAAUUUAGUCCAUGAGAACUUCCUCCCAGCUCUUGACCGCUGUGCAAUCAUCCUAAGCAGGCUACGAGGCUUGGCUCAAUUUCAUGACACCCGAGAUGACAUCGGCUUCACUCUCCAGCAAACUAGUCGCUUGAUGGAUAUUGUUCAAUGUCUCCAACUCAUCGGUCACAAAGUAUUGAUCAACGUGAUGGACGAACUUGAUAGCUUCACCGCGUUCUCAACAUGGCUUCGCUUCCAAAUCGACCGGCUUGCCUCUUCUAGCUCCGCGAGCGAGGAACUCACGGAAAAGGAGGCAACCAUGGACAUUGCAAAGGUUCUGAGUUAUAUUGAGAAUUAUCUCAUCGAUAGCCCGCUUCGGCUAUUCUUUGACGAAAUGACCAGAGAAGACUAUGAAGCAGACUGGGCGCACAUAGAAGGUGGUCCGACUCUGCUUCAUGUCCUUGAUCAGGCGUUGGUAAAGUGGGAGAACGGCCAGCCCAGCAUGAAAGCUCUCCCACGUGUCGAAUUUCUUGUUUCAUAUGCCACGAACUGGGCAAAUCGUACAUUCAAGGGUAUUGCAGAGGCAAAGAGGCGUAGCGUUCGACUUGGAAACCCAAUUAGACUCUCGGCUGGUCGUGUGGUGUCACAUAGAGAUAUGAGGAUGAGCAAAUCAAAGAACAAGGAAACAAAUGUGGUGACUGCUUUAGCAUCUAAAGAGGCUAAAAGCGAAGUUCAAAUAUUCUCCGUCGGCAUUAAUAUUAUCAAUGGCAUUAGUACCAACAGGCCACCAACAAGUUGUCGUAUCGAUCUUGGCCCACGUACAUUGAUUGACUUGAAGUUUCUCAACGACGAAACACUUGUCAUACUAAGUAACAGUCAAGAUAACGGGCCGCAAGUUGUCUGCGUACCUAUCCGAACAGAAAGGCUUACAUAUGCCGAAUACGAUCCCAACAGGCUUAGUGAGACGCCCUGCGUAUCAGUUGAUGGAUUCACGGCCUACUCUUUUCCUGAGAAGUCAGUGUCUAGACCAUUGCGUAUGGAGGUUAACGACAGGAAUAAUGUCAGGGGCGACAUGCCCCCGAGAGUCUGCGUUCUUGAGAGUAAUCGCACCACUAUCAAAACAUUUACUUUUCCGUAGCUCAAGCUGUCAUGCGGUUCACUUCGAUAAAUAUCAACAUAGAAAUGGGGGCACUUCGAAGGAAAUCCGAACCCGGCGUC